AUGGCAGGGAGAAUCAGCUAUGACUGGCCCAAGGCGAACAUCUGGAGCGAGGAGGUGUGCCUUUCCUACUUCCUCAAAGGCCAUUUCGAGCAGAGUGCUGUCAUGGUGCGUCGGCCCCGCGACCAUGUGCUGUCCCAGUACAAGUGCCCCGGCUUCCGGAAGGCUGACUUACGCCCAGCUGAUGUGCACAAAAGGCCCUUCUUCAACUCAGGCAUUGCGCCAACGGCGGAGGGCCCCAAUAUCACGCAUCCAGUCGACGAAGACUCCUCCAUCAAGGCGAUGCAGUCUGCCACCCUGCUGGGAGUGGUCGAGGGUGGGUUAGGCUAUGAGGAAGGUUGGGAGGUGGACAUCUUGAUGGUGACUGUUCGCAACGGCUUCACGGGCUUGACGGGCCUAACGGGUUUGACGGGCCUGACGCGCUUCGCGAGUGGGGCGGACUCAGCUCGGCUGAAGGGCAGUCUGCCGGCGCAUUGCAGCUGUGAGUCCAGUGACUGGAACUCCUUUGUGGAGUACCGGGAGGAUCAUGGCCUGCACUACGAAGCCUCCAUCGAAGACUUCAACGAGACGGUGCUGCAGCAGGUGGACGACCUGACCAAGGUCGAUUGGCCCAUGUACCGUGAAGCCGUGAAGCGCUUCAUCGGGGACCUCGGCCAGGUGGAGCUUGAGUUCGGCACCAAGAUCCUUUGCGACGCCCAGCGACAGAAGCUGACCCAACUGGCGCAGCUAUGA